AUGCAGCACGCAGGAGGAACUUCAGCACACAGGAGGAGCUUCGGCACGCAGGAGGAGCUUCGGCACGCAGGAGGACCGAGUGUUCAACCUUCACACAACAUGGAGUCCUGCAGGGUUCCUCACCAUGUCCUGCUUUUAUUCAUCCUCACGUUCAUCACAGUACCUGUAUCAGCUGUCACUACUGUACAGGUGAAGUUUAAUCAGGCUGCUGAUCUGCCCUGUGAACGGAAAUGUCCUCGUGAGGCCAAAUGGACUCUGUCCAGUAACCAAAGUGUUGUAUUGGCUCGGUGUGAUCAGACAUCCUGCUGGUCACUAAAGGAGGGAUUUAAAAUGUCCCAUGAUCAGUACCUGAAGGGAAAUCUCACCCUCACCAUCACUGCAGCUGAUUACAGUAUGAGGGGUUUAUACAUAUGUGAGUGUGAUGGCAGAGACAUUAAAGAUGUGCGUCUCAGCAUUGAGACCAUGAUAUCAUCAGUUCAGAUAAACCCUGGUGAAGAUCUGCAGCUGGAUUUGCACGUAUCAGAGCGAGUGGAGGUGAUCUAUAAGGGUGGAGAUUCAGCAGAUCCACAUGGUGAACAGAUCUGCACUGUGGAUAGAAGCUCACUACGCUGUACAGCUGAAUACACACCGAGAACAUCACUCACUAACACAGUUCUUACACUGAGAGGAGUAAAGCUGACUGAUGGGGGAGUUUACAUCGUCCGGGACACGGAGAAUAAUGAAGAUCUUCAUAUUUACUCAGUAUCAGUGACAGUAUCAGUGAGAGAGAGAGCGCUACCAGUGUGGGCGAUUAUCCUGAUAGUGCUGAUGGUUCUUCUGCUUGUUGCGCUGCCUGUGAUGAUAAUCUGCUACCUGAGGAAUCGGUGCUGCCAAAGAGAUGAAUCGUACAGAGGAGCAGCAGUGGAGCAGGAAGACAUCAGAGCUGGAAUGGCACCAUACAAAUGAGGGACCAGGCAGAGAACGAAAGCAUGUUGGAGCAGGAAGAGAACCUGAAGCUCAAACAUAAGAAUGGAAUAACAGAGGGAAGAGACUUAUAACUUCAUACAGCAUGAUUCUACUGCAAGUCUUUUUUUUAAUCCCUUUAUCUGUUACAUAUCCUCAUCAGAUAAUUCUAUAGGCUUCUCCUGUCAUAUAUUACCUUUGGCGAAGAUUUCACUGAGCACCACAUCAUCUGUCCUUCUCUGGGAUCUGCUUCAGUCCUGGUUCUUCAGCAAUGUGAUGAGCUUCCAGCUCCUUUAAGAAUAGAACCUUGUGUUUUGGUCUCAGAAGAACCUCCUCUAAGAACAGAACCUGUUCAGAUGGCAUCAAGGUCACAUUAUUAAAUACUAAUGAUAUUUUAUACGUUUCAUCUCUAUUAACUCAUACAGUGGAGCAGGAAGAGACCAGACCUGGAAUGGUACCUCAGAAAUGCCUAAACUGCCAGAGAAACAAAUGAUGAUGAAGCAGGAAGAGAACCUGAAGCUCAAACAUAAGAAUGGAGUAACAGAGGGAAGAGAUUUAUAACUUCAUACAGCAUGUUUGAAUUAUUACUUUUUGUUUUGCAUCGUUGUUUCUGCUCUGACUUUCUUCAGAAGUGUUCAGGUUUGUGAACCCUGCAAGCUCAUGUUUUUCCCACCUGUGUGAAGGUUAAAUACUCGGUUUGCUCUGCUGCUGAAGCUGCGCCUUUUACACUUUCAGUUUCUCUAAUUCCUCUCAGCUGUUAAUAUUUUAUUGAACUAGACGCAAACUACAUGAAUUACAAAUCGAGCUAACACAUUUUUCCCCUUGUGGUGCAUAAAUAUUCCCACCCUUUAGAAAUGUUGGUCCAGUGAUACAUGAUAAACAAUGUGCAUUAUGAAAUAUAGGCAUCCAGUAAAACAGCUGUGUUUAAUUUUAAAAACUGUGAGAAACUGAGUUUAAUCAUACUUUUAUUCAGUGUCCUACAAAAUUAAUGACACUGAAAAUAGGGGAAAAAAAAAAAAUUAGCUGGGACUGAUCAGUGUUUACUGGGUGUGUCCUCUGUUACGACCCACACCAGUACUGCUGGCAUCAACUUCCAGCUUGAAGGGUUUUCCAAAUUAGGGGCAAACACUGAUCAGUCCCAGCUAGUGAACACGUGUGUAUGAGGACACACCCAGUAAACACUGAUCAGACCCAGCUAGUGAGCACGUGUGUGUGAGGACACACCCAGUAAACACUGAUCAGUCCCAGCUAGUGAACACGUGUGUAUGAGGACACACCCAGUAAACGCUGAUCAGUCCCAGCUAGUGAACACGUGUGUGUAUGAGGACACACCCAGUAAACACUGAUCAGUCCCAGCUAGUGAACACGUGUGUGUGAGGACACACCCAGUAAACACUGAUCAGUCCCAGCCAGUGAACACGUGUGUGUGUGAGGACACACCCAGUAAACACUGAUCAGUCCCAGCUAGUGAACACGUGUGUGUGAGGACACACCCAGUAAACGCUGAUCAGUCCCAGCUAGUGAACACGUGUGUGUGAGGACACACCCAGUAAACGCUGAUCAGUCCCAGCUAGUGAACACGUGUGUGUGAGGACACACCCAGUAAACACUGAUCAGUCCCAGCUAGUGAACACGUGUGUGUGUGAGGACACACCCAGUAAACACUGAUCAGUCCCAGCUAGUGAACACGUGUGUGUGAGGACACACCCAGUAAACACUGAUCAGUCCCAGCUAGUGAACACGUGUGUAUGAGGACACACCCAGUAAACACUGAUCAGUUCCAGCUAGUGAACACGUGUGUAUGAGGACACACCCAGUAAACACUGAUCAGUCCCAGCUAGUGGGAAAGUUACUGAGCAGCUCAAACUCACAUGGAGCAGCUCACAGGGAGAGGAAUCACAACAGACAGGUGGGAAAAACACGAACAUUAUGAAACUGCAGAGAGUGUGUGAGCUCAUGAAGGUGGUUUUAUCUUCACACAGCGCUCACAGACGUUAUCUCCAUGUUACAUACGCUGAGGCCUUAACACAGCUGGAGUAAAAAUGUUAGUGUUGAUGUUCCAGCUCUCUACUGAGAUUCUGGAAACAGCUGAUCUCAUGUUACAUAUAUAUUCUACUGUUUUGAUUAUUAAACUUUUUUUUUAAAAUUCUUUUAAACAUUUGUUUUCCUUUUCACUGCUAAUUUUUAGACAUUAAAUAAAAGUAUUACCAAAUUAAAAGGUUUAUUUUUAAAUGCAGCGUUGUUUUGCUGUAAAUUUCCUACCAAACCUACAUUUCCUGCUGCAUGCCGUGUAUCGCACAAUCAUGUUUUAAUAUUUUUGUGUAUUUCCCACCUCUACUAUUUGCUCAUGUUUGAGUUAGCCGAUAGCAGCUAUCUCCUUUCUAACAUUUGCCUAUUUAUUAUGUUCUGCAGUUGAUGAUAUGUAAUCUAGAAAUACCAGAUUUAUUUGUAUAAGUCAAAAGAAUACAGAAAUAAAGUUCUGGCGCUGAGGUGUCCGAAUGAUUGGAAUAAACCUCCUCUAGAUGUCCGAGCAGCUGAGACACUGGUAGUCUUCAACCAACGUCUAAAGACUUAAAAGCACUUCUGUAAGUCAUGCCGCAUUUGCAAAAAUGGCAUAAAUGUAAAUGUAAAUUAAUAUUGUCUGUGUUCUGGAUAGAAAUUAUAGAAUAAUGUAAAUAUGUAAAUAGCUCAUUUGUGGUGCCUUGACUAAAGAUGUCUUCAGAAAGUGACAUCAGAAAAUCCUCCUUUGCUCAUUUAUUACAUUCUGCAGUUGAUGUGUAAUGUAUAAUACUUGUUUGUAUAAGUCAAAGGGAUACAGGAAUAAACAGAUGCAGAAAAACACAAAUAAACUUGUAUGUUUUU